CACACCCCACGCCGACCGACGACAAGCACGGGAGGGAGGGAGUGGCAAGGAGGAUGCAGGCCAUGAACAGAGCCAUUGCAGCCGCUGAACGGUAUACCAGCAACCUGGCGCCGCUUGCAGAGAAGACGACAGGCCUGGCUACGUACCUCUAUCUCCCUACCUUGGGAGCACUUGCUGUGGUCACCUACGCCUUUGUGCUGGAAACAGGCGUCUCUACCUCGUCGACCAUGCAUAUGCAGAUGUUAGUCGUAUUGGGUAUGAUCAUGGCUCUGGCUCUGGCUCUGGCUCUGUGGAGAGCAAAGGAUGACGUGCUGUAUUACGCUGUCGUUGGCUUUAAUCGUGUCGUCGUCAAUCUCUACUUUCGCAAACUCGAUACCGCCGGCAACGUAGACGCCAUUCCCUCGCAAGGUCCUGUUCUUCUCAUCGGAAACCAUCAGAACCAGUUUAUGGAUGGCCUGCUCCUCACCGCUUUGGCUCCUCGGAAAGUCCGUCUCCUCACGGCUGCAAAGUCGUUGCAUCGCCCCAUCGUCGGCUCGUUUGCAAAGGGUCUCGGCUGCAUCCCCGUCACUCGCCCCAAGGAUGUUGCCUUUGUCGGUUCGGGCUCGCUCCGCCUUGACACCAAUGCUGGAGAGGUCAUCGGCUCAGCUGGCGCUAGCUUCUCGUCAGAACUGGCUCCAGGCUCGUCCAUCGCAACCAAGGCUUUCACCGCCACCGUCGUCGAGGUCCUGGCCGACGACCGCGCCAAGGUCUCGCGAGUUGCCUUCAAGGGCAGCGCAGAGAGUGACGAGAACGUCAAGUCGCUGGCACCUGCAGCAGACACGCCUGCAGCGUACAAGGUCAUUCCCAAGCUCGAUCACUCGCAGAUGUUCUCGGAAGUCUUUGAGCAGCUCGCAUCGGGUGAGUGCGUCGGCCUUUUCCCUGAGGGUGGCUCGCACGACAACACCCACCUGCUUCCGCUCAAGGCCGGCGUUGCACUCAUGGCCCUCGGCGCGCUGGAAAAGUUCCCAGACCUGGCGAUCACCAUUGUCCCGGUCGGCUUUCACUACUACGCGGGCUCCAAGUUCCGGUCCAAGGCAGUGGUCAACUACGGCGAUCCGCUGGUCAUUUCUGGCGCCGAGUGGCGCAGCGAGUUUGCCUCUGCCAAGCGCGAGACCGUUGGCAAGCUGCUGGGCAUGGUGGAGGAUGCGCUCCGGUCGGUCACCCUCAACGUUCCGGACGAGGACUUUCUCGACUUUGUCCUCGUCACCAAGCGACUCUACACCCCGCCCAACGUUGUUCUUACACCGUCGCAGAACCUCGAGCUGACUCGCCGCUUUGCUGUCGGCCUGCAGCGUGAGGAUCUGCUCCACGAUGAGGCCAUCCUCGACGUCCGCCGCCGCGUCGCCGCGUACGCCGACCUCUGCCGCCGCCACGGGUACAGCCCCAUGUCCGCCACUUCGGUCGCCACUCGCUCACUCUACGGCCUCAGGGCCAUCCCGUACCUGGUUGUCGUCGCCACGGCCUCGCUCCUCGCCCUCGUCCCGGGCAUCGUCCUCAACAUGCCCGUCGGCCUCCUCGCCCGCUCGCUCGCCCACGCCCACGCCGCCAAGGCCAAGGCCGAGUCCUCGGUCAAGCUCCACGGCCGCGACGUCAUCGCCUCGUACAAGCUUAUUGUCGGCGUCGUCGCCAUGCCUAUCUGGUUCAUCACCGUCCUCCUCGGCCUCCUCGUCUUCUCGCCGCUGACAUGGACCCAGGUCGUCAUCCUCGCCUUUCUCAUGCCGCUCUACUCGUGGGUCGGCGUUAUGUUCACCGAGCAGACCUUCCUCUGGUCCAAAUCGGUCUACCCGCUCCUCCUCCGCAUCCUCCCCUCCUACCGCGCCGAGGAAGCCGUCCUCGCCCGCAUGCGCAACGAGCUCGCUGGCCACAUCCGCCAGCUCAUCGAGGACUAUGACAAGGGCGGCUUUGCCGAGAACGAGCGCAUCGUCCCGCUCAAGGUUCUCCAGGGCGCCGACGACUACGACGGCUGGAUCGAAGAGACAAACUAACCUAAACUUGCCCGAUGGCCA